UGUAGCUUCCCGUAGAAAAAGCUGUGUUGUCCGACUAGAAUAUUUCCACGAGUGUUGAGUAAUGGACAUGUUGUGAAACAUGGGGGCCCGUGUUUCACGCGUGUUUAGAAAUUUUAACUUGGAAAACCGUGUUCAUAGAGAAAUCGGUAAACCUAAACCAUCAGCAGCCCCUCGACACCCCUCAACCAAGGACUUCGUUGACAAAAUGUCAAAACAUCCAGAAAUUAAUGAAACUAUUCAUCAGAAAGAUGAACCACUUGCGAUAUUACUAAGGACGGUUUAUGUAAACUCAGUAGGCCCACUUCAACAGGACUUGAAGCAAAAGGACGUACCAGCUCUGAUGGAAGAAGAGCGCAGGCUUCCAAAAUCUAGCUUGCAGGGUAACCCUUUUGGCUUUUCGGACGUUCAGAAUGUCCCAAAAGGCAAACUUUCUAUCGUUGAGGCUCUGACAGUCCUCAACAAUCACAAACGCUCCCCCAAAACAUGGACUGCUGAAAAACUAGCCCAGGAGUACUGCUUAGACCUGCAGCACACCAAGGCACUUUUAGAAUUCUUCAUCCCCUUUGAAGUUAAAAUCAUACCACCUAAAUCAGAGGACAAGAAAAGAAUAAAGGCCACAUAGCACUGCCUGGCUUUUUCCACUAUCAAGGAUGGAAGAAAAUACUGUAGUACUGAAUUCAUUUUUUUAUGAAUGCUGUGAUCUCUUUGUUUUAUUUUGCAUUUGGACCUGUGCACAAAGCAUAUCUGUCUCAUCUUGUAAGUUUUAUAGCUAAUGAAAUGAUUUCAUAAAUAUUACAUGUAAUGCAGUUUUUGCUUUGAUUUCAGAAGUGAAGUUUUGAAAGUUAACAAAUGUAUUCUAGUUUUAAAAAUACAUUUGUGUUUAAAAAUAGACAUACAGGUAGUGGACAAAAAUGGAAACACCAAUGUAAAGUCACUUAAUAGGGCGUUGGACCACUAUGGUAUCCCGCUCUGUGGAGUUCUCGGCGGACCGUUUUUGAUGAAACUGGCUGCUCGCGCCCCAGGUUGAAAUUUGCAGUCAAUUGAUCUGCAGUUGCUCGCCUGUUUUGCCUUGCACUUCAAAUUAAUGCACGGAUAUCACGAUCCUGGAGUAUGUGCUUCCGCCCACUGUUGCCCUUUGCUGAUGAUGUCUUUCCCUUGGAGUUCCAUGCCAACAUCACCUUAGACACCAUUGCUCGUGAAACAUCAGCAAGUUGAGCUGUCUUGGUCACUGAAACUCCUGCCAAAUGCGCCCCAACAAUCACCCCUCUUUCAAAGUCACUGAGGUCUCCUCUUGCAGCCAUGCUAGCCAUAAUUAUAGGGAACCAGGCCUGUCCAGCAUUUUUAUACGUGACCCUAAGCAUGCUGGGAUGUUAUUUGCUUAAUUAACACAUGAGCCACACCUGUGUGGAAGCCCUUGCUUUCAAUAUACUUGGUGUCCCUCAUUUAUCCAGGUGUUUCCAUUUUUUUGUCCACUACCUGUAUGUUCACAAUAGAAUGGGCUUCUUUCAAAAUGGCAAAUAGAGAUACACAACGAGUGAUAUUUAUGGGGGAGACGUUUCAGUAGCUGUUACCUCUUUAACUGAGCUUGACUGCAGCCAGGGGGAAAAAGGGAAACUUCAUUUCGAUGAAACUGAUACAUUAGUUAUUUUUUCAAUGCCUGGUCUUAAUUGAAUCCAUGUCUUGGUUCUUAAAUCCAUGGAGUUUAUUGAAUAAUUGGUGUGUGCAGUGUUGUGACAUAUGAUCCUUGUUGUAAACUUGGUGUCUGAUUUAAUAAGCUUUUGCACUAGUGCAGUGUUUUUAAAAAAAAAUCACAAAAAGCUGUUAAUGUUGACAAUCAAUAACCAAAUUCUAGUUCUGAUUCAGGUUAUAUUGUUUUAUUUUCAGAAAAAAAAACUUGCAGAGACUAACAUCGUCUAUACAGCCCAUAGCAUGAUUGUUCAAGUGUAUGGUUACCAGAUACUGAAUUACAACUUCUGCAAUGAGAUGUGUAAUCUUCGUAAUUGUAUUUAAAUUAUACUUCUGUAUUAAAAUGCAUAAUUUACCAGUGCUUACCUCAUUGAAUUGAUACCACUGGUAAAUAAAUAAACAUUAAAAAGGUGUCAUUCUAAUGCUCUUUAAAAA